AUGGCGGCAGCAUUUGCCGGGAGUGCGGCGAGGGAUGUCGAGAACCUGCGGCCGCCAGAGGAAGUGUACCUCGCGCAAGAUGGUACUCGCCGCCGUGAUGAUGACCGACCGCGCCAUGCCCAGUCACAAACGUCGCUCCGAUCACAAUCGCAGAUCGCAUCCGUCCCCUCGAACACCGGCCAGGCCCCUGAUGUCGCCGAUGAAUUGGCUUGGGGCCCCGCGCACCCAUGUUACCCUCACUUCAACCCACACGUUCCCAUCGGUUCGCAGGAAUACCUCACAACACGAGUCAUUCGAAUCCGCCGCGACUGGAUGAUCAAGGGCGAUUUGGCGCCGACUUUUUCCAACCUGUACCCCGAGAUUUUGGACCCAUUACUGCCAGAGCAAGAGUUCCGGAAAGUGAUUUCCACAGUCAACAACGGUCUCGUCAAGGCCUUUGACCCGUUCAGCUUGCGAAAUUUGUUCGACGGGGCAAUUGGCCUCCUGACCGGCUGGGUUUGGGAUGACAUGAACGCCCCGGGGAUCAAGGGCCAAUUGCAACAUGUCGAGACCUGGCUCGAGAAAUGGAACCGUGAAGUAGGUGCCAAGGACGGAGUCCACAUCUGGAGUCUGCGCCGCACCGCGUACAUGUCCCUUGACAUUCAAAUCCCAGAUCCUAAGGUCGGUGUUGUGCCGAGCGAGGGUCCCUCCAUGCCGAAUACCAGACCGAGUACUGGUGUGGGACCGGGCAACUGA